GAGGGACAGGAAUUAGUUGCUAAUGAAUGUUUUUAUAAAGUGUGCCCCCUCCCAUCCAACAGCAUCUCCGUCUGCCAGCCGCUAUACGUUUGGUCUUAUAUGCCCACUAAAGCAAAAUAUCCACUCUUUGCGGCUUGUGGAGGAGGACAAGUCAAAACUGUGCCGGAAAAGAGGCUGGCAGCUGAAAGGCGGGCAAUCGCCGCCUGGGAGCCUUGA